AUCUCCUUGAUUAAUGUUUCCUGCCUUGUGGAAGUGGAAGCCUUAAAAACACCACCAGUUGCUGGUUUUGGUUCAGUUCAACCGACAUCAUGGUGUCACAGAAAGACGUUCUCGUGGCUGCUGCUGUUUUUGUUGUUGCCCUCAUUUCACACAGUGAGGGUAUAAUGGGUGGUACGGAUGCAGUGGCACACUCUCGGCCCUACAUGGCUUCCAUCCAGAUGCCAGACGGAGAGAAUUUCAAGCAUGAGUGUGGAGGCUUUGUGAUUGCAGAUCAGUGGGUGAUGACGGCAGUGCACUGUAUGCCAACAGGGCCAAAUGGAAGGAGGGUAGUGCUGGGGGUCCAUUCUCUGAGUGCAAGUGAAGACACAAAGCAGAUAUUUAAUAUUUCUGAACUUUACAAUCACCAAGGCUACAGCACUUAUAAUUAUGAUAACGACAUCGCUUUAAUAAAGUUGGAUCGUCCAUUUAACGCCUCUGAAGCUGUUACAGUAGUGGAGUUCCAGCGAGCAGGCAGCGCCAUCCCCGGCACAGGCACAGAGGUUCAAACAGCUGGCUGGGGAUCCAUAGAUAACCUGGGGACCAGACCAGACAUGCUCAAGGAGGCAGUGGUUGAGGUGGUCAACCCGGCUCUGUGCAAACGCAGCGACUACUUUGGCAGGAAGUUCAGCAGCAACAUGAUGUGUGCACAUAAACUAUGCCAAGAACGACACUGUGACAACAUUGACAGCUGUGAUGGUGACUCUGGAGGUCCGCUGCUCUACAAUGGCAUCGCAGUCGGCAUCACUUCCAACGGAGGAAAGAAGUGCGGCCAACGUACCAAGCCUGGAAUUUACACCAUCAUCUCCCACUAUACUCAGUGGAUUGACACUACCAUGGCCCCGCAGCCUGAUGCAACAGCAGACCAGGAUUAAAAAAAGCUAAUUUUCAGCAGCCCACCACUGCCCUGAUUCUGCUGAGUCACUGAUGAUUAUAUGUUGACAGAAGUGUUCCUUUUUCACUUACAACUAAUGCAUGGCACAGAGCACGGCAAAUUUAUUACGACCACUUGUACAAACAGAUUCACUUUAUUAAAAAAAUCAAUAAAAUACAGUUCAUCACA